ACUUACUUUCUUCUCCGAUCCUCCGUGCGACCGAUUCUCUCACAAUCCCUGACCAGCGCUCUUCGGUCGGUUCCAACUCUGUUCACCUAGCGGGGGGCUGGGACAGCCAUUCCGUCCCCUCCUCGGACUCUCUAGCUCGUUCUUCGACCCGCGGUAUAAGAUUUACUCGUCCCGUAUAUACUGCCCUCCACCAUUGACCAUAUCCUUGCGCCAUGAUCUCAGCCCUUCGUCGCUUUCGCUAGAUCCGAGGCUGUUCGCUUUGCCUGGAGACUCUCUGUAAUUCUCACUGUCGUCUUUUUUUCGUCGUCGGCCUGUGUCUAGCAUCGCUCGCUCCUCACAUCACUUGCACCAACCUUCUCGCCUCUCACAAGCUCGCUGGUCCAUUAAUCCUCCAUUGACGUGAAUGAUCUUAUUGCAAAGAUGACUGCCGUUCUUCCCACCUCUCGAGAGGAGCACUCCCGCUUCUCUCCAGAUUCUUUUCGGUCCCCUAUCACUCAGACCUACUUCAUCGAGGAGCCAGAGAUCGCUACCGCUAAGUCUGCUGUUCAUGGCUUUCGUUCAAGAGCCUAUGCCAAUCCGAUCGGAUCGAUGCACCCUCGCGACCCACCCCCUCCGGAUCUUGCACUCUCUGCUGCGGAUCAUUUCUCGUCGACAGCCACCGCCUUCAGCAGUUUGUCUUUGAAUGUGGGUGACGACCAGGAUGACAGUGAAUUGAUACUACCAUCGUAUGAUUCUCACCAGUUCAUCCCAAAAGAACCGGAAGCUCUCAGUGAAGUAUCAGUAGACUCAUCGGCGGAUCUUCAACGGUGGAGAGCUCAGACACCAGCUGCCGACGACAGUUCAAUCGAAGAUGAGCCGUCGAGACAUGUUGAUUAUUUAUCCCAUGAGUGGCGGCAGGAGGACAUAUGGGCCUCGUGGCGGUAUGUGGUCGCCCGGCGAAGCGCCUACGAUAACGGAGUGAGGUUGGAGAAUGCGUCAUGGCGAACAUGGGGCAAGCUGAAGAUGAAUUUGGGCACGGUGUCCCCAGAGACUCUAAAUUGGCUCAAGGACUGUGACGUGACAUGGCUGUAUGGCCCGUUGAAAACAUGCGAUAGACGAGAACCGACAUUGGAUGACUCCCCACCUCCAAGUCGAUUUGCAACGCCAACUCUUUAUCCGGAUAGGAAGCCGAUUUUGAAAAAGAGAACGGCAUCUGAAACCAUCCUCCAACGAUCUCUAUCCCAGCAUACUCUCCUGCAGCACGCAGGGGCUAUUCUGAAAGCACAGGAGGCGGAGACACAUCGAAGUCGGCCAUCUUUCCAGCGCUGCCCCUCGGACCUUGAGCAGGUGCCAAACCAAUUGGCCGCCACUCUUGUUCCAGUGUCCAUUCGUGGAACCACAACCGAGACAACGUCGUCAGGCAUUGGGUCACCCAGUGAAAAACGACAUAUCCAUUUCAACAAUGAAGUAGUGCAAUGUAUUGCUGUAGAAGCAAAGGAGGAAGACGAUGAAGAGCAAAGGGCUUGCGAUGACUCUUCGUCGGAGGAUGGUGUCGUGAUGAUGAAACAGAUUUAUCCUAACAUAGGACGAAGCGAUCGAGGCACACCCCGUGGUAGUAUUAGUGUUGAUAACAAAACCAUUGCUCCGCUUCCCUCGACAACGUUGAAAUAUCGUGGGGACACUCCUGAGCCUCCGGCAGGCUCGAUAAUGGACCGCUGGUCCUACUAUCUUUCUUCCUCGACUCCAUUGGAACAGACUACUCGACCUUCUGCUUCCGCCAACUUCCUCUUAGACGACGACGGCGGCGAUUAUACCUUUGGGUGGGACUCAAAUCUGGGAUCCCAGGAACCAUCUCAUCACAGCCGUCCCUGGUUCGUCAAUCCAGAAGAUGACGAAGAGCUUGGUCACUACUUCGGCUCGACGUCAACGGGGUCCACUCCCACCGAAGACGAGGAAACUUCGAAUGGCAGCGUCCUUGAGCGCUUUAUUGAUACAAUGAAUACAGCCAAAGACAUCGCUCACGUGAUAUGGAAUGUGGGCUGGCGACGGUGAUCCCGCUCUACCUUCCUAAUGCAUCACCUGAAAGCACCUUCUAGUCGGAAGAAGAACAUCUCUUAUUUGAAUUUACUUAUACAUCAUACGACUGGCAAGAUAGGCCGAGGCGUUCCGGGUUAUAAUGAUGUUUUAACGCUGUCCUUUUCUUGCAUCCGCCAAGGGUAAAAGAGGCGGGGUUUCGUUCACCUGGUUAUGAUACUGAGCUGAGUUUAUGGAAAGCUCCGUGACUGGAGGUAUGUGGGGGAGUUCAGGCAUCUUAUUUUCAGUCUGGCGUUUCUAAUGGGGCGGAAGUCUGCGGCAUGGAGAGCCCGAGCAUAUCGGCGGUAAUGACAAUGAGUAUAUCAUGAAUAAUCAAGCAGUGAUAAUAAAUCAAUGGGACCCUAGCGUGUGAAUGCUACUUUUGAUCACAAACUGCUGCCUUGAAGAAUAGUAUU